AUGCCUACCACUGCUGAAGCACGAGCCCCCGCCUUCCGAGCACCGGAAGGCAUCUACACAUGCGUGGACUGGGUUAAUCCUUUGUUGCACCGCAAUGCGAACCAAAAUGGACCGAGCCCUGAGGCUACAGAGGGUAUCUCUAACGAAGCCUCGAUUCAUGCACGUAUCCUCCCCUCGGGUGAAGUCCCCCGGCUUAGUGGCAUGCCCUUGCAGGGGCUGUCCAGCCAAGGAAUAAAUGGCGCGGCGAGUCAGCUCACGUCUUCCUUGUCCCCUAUCCUGAUCAGUCAGGGCGUAGACUGUGAUACCAUGGCACCGUCGACCAAUGUAUACAGUGGCACCGGCAUGCUAUCGCAAGGGUUAUCGUCCGCGCAGCGUGUGACGCGACCCAAGUCGAGUCUUCGAACGGUGACCGGUACCUUUAUUACGCGUGUAAAUCAGUCGCAAGAGCUAUCCAAGGCCCUUGCGCAGGCCACGGAGCCGACCCACUUUAUGCUUUUGCACAGCAGCCACUCCCUCUUCUGGUACAUCUCUCAGCCGACCAAAUUGAAAGAGCCCUUGGUCCGCAUUUCCUUCCAAGCCACUCCGCUAUGCCAUGAUGUGAAUGCAUGGACACGACGUCCUGAUCGUCUGGAUAUCGCAAUUGGUUUCCUUUCUGGUGACAUUGUUUGGCUCGAUCCCUUUCUAUUCAAAUUUACUCGCUUCAACCGGGAUGGUUGUGUAACAAAGUCACCGAUCCGUCAAAUUCGAUGGGUGCCCGGCCAUGAGUACUUGCUACUGACGGCGCAUGACGAUGGUUGCGUCUAUGUAUGGGACCUUGAGCGGGAGGAUGGCAACGAGCCCAAGUGCCCUCCCGACCCCAUGGAAUGGCGGCCCACAGAGCAAAUGGUGGCGACUCCACCGAUUUCGCGACAGGAACAGCAGACAUCGUCGGGAAGCACAUGGCGUUUGAACCGGCAACGAUACACAAGCUCCGGUGUCAAUCCAAUAGCGCACUGGCGUGUUGCUCGAGAUCGCCUAACAGACAUGGCCUUCUGUCCCACCGCCCAGCUCCUAGCCGUGACAAGUGCGGAUGGAUGCCUGCGUCUGAUUGAUAUGGACCGCGAAGUUUUAGUGCGUUCCUUUGCGUCGUACUUUGGCGGGUUUACCUCGGUGUGCUGGUCGCCCGAUGGCCGUUUCCUUCUAACGGGCGGCCAAGACGAUCUGAUUACCAUCUGGGCCCCACACGAUGCCCAUGUCGUUGCUCAUGCCCAGGGACACCAGUCGUUUGUCACAGGCCUAGCCUUCGAUCCAUGGCGCUCCAACAUGGACACACAUACCUAUCGCUUUGCCUCUGUGGGUGAAGAUGGCCGUCUUUGUCUAUGGGACUUUUCCGCCUCUGCUCUGCAUCGUCCACGCGGCGCACGAAGUGCAUCGCGCACACGCCACGAUACAUCCAGAAAAGGCCUGCACAGGCUCAGUCUUUCCCAUGCCUUCCAGAAGCCUACCAACCAGGUAGGGGUUCAUGUACCGAUGCUACCUCGCGCUGAGGUGUUUAUUCUUCACCCAACAGUGUCGACGCGUAUUCCCGGCUCUGUCCUGAGUGAUGUACGUGCGUCCCCCCAAUAUUUACGAGUCGUCCAUGUGGAUGGUGAGAUGGACAUAUACCAAUGCAACUCAACGCGGCCGUAUGCCAUGUAA